AAAGCAAUAGCUGAUUUCUAGUAUUAAUCGAGCUUGGUUUGGUGUAGUUGGUUCUUUGUCACAUGCAGCUUCUUUGCACUCUUUUUGUCGGAAUCCCCUUUUUUUUGUCGGUCAACAUAUAUUUAAAGCUCAGCAUAGCCACACUAUACAGCGUGUCUAACUCUUCAGAGCAUCGACAAUCUGCACUAUCUGCAUUUAUCUACUCCAUCACUUGAGCCUCAUAUCCUAUCAACAAUGGCCGUCGAACGCUGUCACGUCGCAAAGGUCUGCGAGUCGUGGGACCUCUUGCAGAAACGCAUCAAGGCCGGCACUUAUGAGAUAAACGGACAGGACCUACACAUCUCAGAUGUAGUAGCCACCGCUCUCCAUGGAUCCAUACCCAAGAUCACUAGUGAUCAGAAGGUUAUCAAAGCCAUCGAAGACAGCGUAGAUGUCUUACAACACUACCUUACGAUGGGGUGGUAUGUCUAUGGUGUCAACACAGGAUUCGGGGGAAGUGCAGACACGCGCACCGACCAAGUCGUGCCUUUGCAAUCGUCUUUGAUGCAACUGACCCAAUCCGGUAUCCUCUCACGCUCUAAGGAUGAUUCCAAGCCCGAAAACUCCAUGCCCUCGUCAUGGGUUAGGGGAGCUAUCGUAGUUAGGUGCAACAGCAACCUACGAGGGCAUUCCGCAGUUUCGCUACCUGUUCUCAAGGCCAUAACAGACUUGCUUAAGCAUAACUUGCACCCCGUGGUACCCCUACGCGGCUCCGUCUCUAGCUCUGGCGAUCUCAUGCCGCUUUCCUACAUCGCUGGCAGCAUCGAAGGAAACCCCGACAUUCUCAUUGAACGAGAUGGGAAAGUCCUUCCAGCACCCCAGGCACUAGCUGAAGCUGGCCUGAAGCCUAUCAAGCUCGGUCCGAAGGAAGGUCUAGGUUUGGUUAAUGGAACAUCUUCGUCGGCAGCACUCGGUGCAAUCGUCAUGACUAGCGCCCACCGACUCGCAUUACUCACCCAAGCUCUCACCGGGUUGGCUGUAGAGGGACUAAACGGGAGCAGAGAGAGCUUCAACCCAUUCAUCGCUAAGAUUCGGCCUCACCCAGGCCAGCUUGAGGUUGCCCGCAACAUCUACUACUUCAUGAGCGAUUCUGGCCUUGCGCGUGAUGUGAAAGAGGCAAAGAACCGUAACUCCGAGGAUCUCGUCCAGGAUCGUUACUCGGUUCGAAGCGCCCCGCAAUGGAUCGGUCCCCAGUUGGAGGAUCUACUACUUGCGGACCAGCAGAUUAGCAUAGAACUCAACUCUACCUGUGAUAACCCCCUCGUCGAAGUGGAAACGACUGACAUCCACUAUGGCGCGAACUUCCAGGCGGCGUGCGUCACCUCGGCCAUGGAGAAAGUGCGGCUGUCGCUGCAGAUGUUCGGAAGGAUGCUCUUCUCGCAGUUGACCGAGAUGGUCGACCCGACCCUCAGUGGAGGAUUGCCAGCCAACCUCGCCGCGGACAACCCCAGCUUGUCCUUUACCAUGAAGGGAGUCGAGAUCAACAUGGCUUCUUAUAUGGCCGAAUUAGCUUACUAUGCCAGCCCCAUGAGCCCAUUCGUCCAGGCUGCCGAGAUGCACAACCAGUCUGUCAACUCGAUGGCGUUGGCGUCGGCGCGUAUGAGUCAGCACGCAACCGAUAUUCUAACCUUGAUGGCCGCAGCUCACAUGUACGCCGGGUGCCAGGCCGUGGAUCUUCGAGCACUUCACAUGACCUUUGUACAGAAGGCCAAGGAGACGAUUGCGUCUAUCACUGCCAAAUCGUUUGCUGACAGCCUGGCAUCCGAUGAGUUGGAAGGUCUCCAGAAGGCUCUAGCAUCUCACGUAUUCCCCUCAUGGUCAUCAUCAAACAAGAAGGAUCUCCCAGAGCGUUGCGAGUCUCUCGCGAGCUCGGCUAUACCUAUCGUCAUCAACUAUAGCAAGGGCAAGAUCGCGGAUGUGAUUCAGUGGAAAGAGGAGACUUCCAAGGAAUUGUAUGCCGUGUGGAACAAGACGUUUGACGCCUUCCGUGCCGAGCCGCAUACCCCUAAGGUUCUAGGCAAGGGUGCGAAAGUUUUGUAUGAAUACGUUCGUCAUGAACUUGGCGUGCCGUUCCACCAGGGCUACGUCGAGCACCCCACCAUCAAGGCUGACAAGCUGAAUGGUCGGGACAAGAAGACUGUUGGUAGCUGGAUAUCCAUCAUCCACGACGCGAUCAAGGAAGGCUCUUUGUACGGGCCACUCAUCGCCCUGGCUGCGGAAGGGUUGGUGAGCGAGACCAAGACGAACGGCCACACGAAUGGCCAUACAAACGGAAAUGGAUACACAAACGGGAACGGAGUCAACGGGAAGAUCUGAUGCAAGAUUAAGGCAAACAACUAGUUAUUCGAACGCGGCAGAAAUGUCGCACACGAUGGCCUCCAACCAACCCCCCCUUUUUAAAAGCAAAAAUGGAGUGUGAUUAUCUUGGUUCUUUGGGUGUACUAAACGUCUACACAUCUUCCUUUAUUUUCAGGUAUCUUGUCAGUUAUGCGGAAUACAUAACCACGCUGCCAUGGUAGCGUAUCUUUUACAUUCCUAGAAAAAAAGCAAAUCCGUCAUUUUUUUUUGGAUCUAUAGAUAUUUCUUAUUA